GCAGAGACCAGGCAUGUGUGGAAUAGCCUGCCAGGUCACAUAGUAGAGGCAGAAACUCUUGUGGUUUUCAAGACAAGGCUUAUAGUGUUAGAUACUGUAUAGCACUAGGUAAUCAGAGCACGUACAGUUUGGUUAGGAAAAUUGCGAGCAUUGUUGGGCUGAAUGGCCUGUUCUUGUAUUUAUGUUCUGUUUUGUUAUGUUACUUAUGGGCCCGCAAUACAACUGUUCAGUUUGCAGCUAUUGCUCAAAAAUAGCACAUCACAUAAACGAUUGAGCUAACGGAAUAAUUAUAAGCAGAAGUUGGCCUGAAAUCUCGAAACUGGUGGCCAAGCUUUGCGUGUUAAAAAGCAGAACUCUGGUCAGAGAACAAUAUUUGCCAUAUCGUGUGAUGUCACCACUCAGUUGUGGCGGAGCAGGUGUCCAGCCCAUCGAGAGUUAUGGUAUGGAUGAAUGAGCACGCGCCCGAAGUGCAAUGCGAUUCACCUGCGCGCGAGGGAAACGUAGUUGAGGGACGCUGCGUGUGCCAGGGGGAAGGCUAAAAUUCAGACAGUCAUUUUUUUCAAUACAGGCAGCGAGAAAGCUUUGUGUGUGUGUGUGUGUGUGUGUGGAGGAGGACGUGAACUGGAGAUCGACGCGCCAGCAGCCACGGGGUAGAGGAGCCAAGAGCAGUUGGCCAGAUUGCACCAGCAGCGACAGCAUGGACGUGGAUAACUACGUCCCUGAUGACCUCACUCCAGAGGAGCAGCAGGACCUGGAGAACAUCCAAAAACGCAAACGAGAGCUGCUGCAGGAGAUACAGCGCCUAAAGGAUGAGAUAGCAGAGGUGACCAAUGAGAUCGAGAACCUGGGCUCCACAGAAGAGAGGAAAAACAUGCAAAGGAAUAAACAUGUGGCCAUGGGCCGCAAGAAAUUCAACAUGGAUCCUAAAAAGGGGAUCCAGUUCCUGAUUGAGAAUGACCUGCUGAAGAACACCUGUGAAGACAUUGCCCAGUUCCUCUACAAAGGGGAGGGGCUUAACAAGACUGCUAUUGGAGAUUACCUGGGGGAGAGGGAUGACUUUAACAUCCAGGUCCUGCACGUGUUUGUGGAUCUCCAUGAGUUCACAGACCUGAACCUGGUCCAGGCCCUCAGGCAGUUCCUGCCAUUCUUGCAGCUUAUUGGCUGGUUUUGCAGGCAAUUCCUGUGGAGUUUCCGGUUGCCGGGGGAGGCGCAGAAGAUCGACCGCAUGAUGGAAGCUUUUGCCCAGAGAUACUGCCAGUGCAAUCCUGGGGUCUUCCAGUCUACAGAUACCUGCUACGUUCUGUCAUUCGCCGUCAUCAUGCUGAACACCAGCCUGCACAACCCCAACGUGAAGGACAAGCCGUCUGUGGAGCGAUUUAUCGCCAUGAACCACGGCAUCAACGACGGGGGAGACCUUCCUAAGGAGCUGCUGAGGAAGUUGUAUGAGAGCAUAAAGAACGAGCCUUUCAAGAUCCCGGAGGAUGAUGGGAAUGAUCUCACUCACACCUUCUUUAACCCGGACCGUGAAGGCUGGCUCCUUAAACUGGGAGGCGGUCGAGUGAAGACCUGGAAAAGGCGGUGGUUCAUCCUCACAGACAACUGCCUGUACUACUUUGAGUACACCACUGACAAAGAGCCGAGAGGGAUUAUCCCGCUGGAGAACUUGAGCAUACGGCAAGUAGAGGACUCCAAGAAGCCACACUGCUUUGAGCUCUUCAUCCCGGACAGUAAGGACCGGGUGAUAAAGGCCUGUAAGACCGAGGCGGAUGGGCGGAUGGUGCAGGGGAACCACACCUUCUACCGAAUCUCCGCCCCCACCGCCGAGGAGAUGGAGGAGUGGAUCAACAGCAUCAGGGCAGCCAUCAGCCGGGACCCUUUCUACGAGAUGCUAGCAGCCAGGAAGAAGAAAGCAUCCUCCCUGAAGAGGCACUAGCCGUGCUAGCCAGGUGCAGCCAAGACUGUUCAGUAUCAGAGCACCAGCCACUAUUGAGACUCUCCACUAGCCUGCCUGGCUAGGCAUUAGCAGACGCAUUAACCUGGCUGGCUAGGCAUUAGCAGGCUGUGCACUAGCCUGGCUGCCUUGGCAUCAGUGGGCUGUGCACUAGCCUGGCUGGCUAGGCAUCAAUGGGCUGUGCACUAGCCUGGCUAGCUAGGCAUCAGUGGGCUGUGCACUAGCCUGGCUAGCUAGGCAUCAGUGGGCUUUGCACUAGCCUGGCUAGCUAGGUUCAGCUUUUUUAACAGAGCUGUCUUUUGCGCUUGAGGAUGUGGGCUGUGUGAAUCAGCUACUCUCAGGGGAGGGCCUUCAUUGGUGGGAGGAGCCAGGGGGUGGGAUCUCAACAAGAUGAAGCUCUGGAAUUGGAUGAAACUCUGGGAAUGCUGGUAGCUAACGAUUCUGCCUACUGGCCUUCAACCGAACAGGACAUAGCCAUGCCCUGCCAUCCCCCCUGCCUCUCUCCUCUCUCUUGCUGGGCACUGAUGUUCCUCACUGGUUUUCUCAGCUCACACACGCACACAUACACAUACAGGUGCGCAUGCUCACACACACACACACAUACACACACAUGGACACAUACAUACACACACGCGCACACAC